AUGAUGAGCCUGGCUCAGUCACACUCUCCCUAUCCUGCGGGAAUGCAACAGCACCCAGGUGUCCCCCAAGGCCAUCCGAUGGCUGGAGUACCCCAUAACGCCGGCCCGCAGGUGCCAGGCCAACCCGGCAUGCCUCAGCAAAUGCAUAUAGGAGUGUCUGGUCCAGGACCUCAAGUCAGCCAGGCAGGAGCUUUGAUGGCUGGGAUGCCUCCAGGAGCGGGUGGACCAAGUGCGCAUGCGCUACAACAUCUAAACCCGGGGCAGGCCCAGCAAGCGCAAAUGUAUCAACAGCAGAUGGGACAGAUGGCUUUCGCGAAUCCUCAACUUCAGCAACUGCAACAGCAGCAAAUGUUGCAGCAUCAGCAGAGACAGCAAGCGGCGGCAGCACGUCAUGCUAUCAUGGCUCAGCAAUUUGGGGGCAUUCAGAUGGGUGUGCCAAACGGGAUGGGUCAGAUGAGUCCGUCGCAGUAUACGGCAAUGCGAGCAGGAGCUCCCAUGCGGCCUGUCAAUCUACCCCAGCAUCUUCAACAGGCCCAGCAACAAGCCCAGCAGAGCCUGGAGCAGCAACAACAGCAGGCUCAACAACAGCAUCAACAACAUCUUAUACAACAAAUGGCGAUGCAACAGCACGCUCAAGCUCAAGCUCAAGCUCAGGCUGGAAAUAAUAACCAAGGACAACCGGGUCAGAUGGGCCCGCAACAACUCCAGAAUCUUCAACAAGCUCAAAUCGCAGCUGCGCAGCAACAUCAUCAGGCGCAAGCCGCUCAAGCUGCUCAGGCCGCUGCCGCGCAACAAAAUCAACCACAGUCGCAGCAUCAACCUCAACCGCAGCAAUCGCAACCAAAUUCCCAAGCCCAGACACAACAGCCUCAGCCACAAGCGCAACAACACCCGUCCAACAUGCAACAGCAACAAGCUGCUGCAACAGCGGCCAUGCUACAAAACCAGCAAAGAGUAGGAGAUAAAUUCAAGGGGCAAUGUCUGAUGAAGUUGAUGCAGUUCGGUGACCAUCUAAGUAAUUUUGGAGUAAUCUCGAAGCCAUUGGAGGCAUACAUGGCCACAGGAGCUCAGCGACUGGCUGCACAAGGGAUAAAGCAGCGAGAUGAUCUAAACUACUGGCUAGGAUUUGUGGAUCGAUUCUUCUCUCCAAAGGGUGUUUUGCGACACUCUGUCUGGCUUGCCGAGGAAAAUACAGGCAAGCAGUAUGAAAUCACAUUUCCGGCGUUGGCUAGGUACUUCCAUACUCACUUCGAGAGCGGCAUCAAAAAUAUGCAGAUGAUCAUGGAAAAAGGAUCUGAGAAGGAGCUGCCGAACAAUGGUCACUACAUUGAGAACCAGAAGUCGAGUUUCGUUUAUUGGUUUGAUAACGGGUCACAGUUAAUCGCAAACGGCACAUUGCGAGCUCAUUUCGAUGAGCAUCAGAAGAUUGAACUGCUAGAAUUUGUUACCAGCAAUCAUGAAGAGUAUAUACCACGCAGCAUGGUGAUUGAAGCAGCAAGGCCCUUGCAUGACUGGGGAAAGGAGUGGAAAAACCUCAACGCACUACAGGAUGGGAAGCAAUCACCGGAGAUGAAUAAGAAAAAGGCCAAAGCCGUCAAGUCGCCGGCGCAACCACCACCUGAAAUCGCGAUCCCUCAAUCCAAAGUCAAACCAAGCAUGGGGAUUACUCCUUCGCUAUUUCAAUUUCUAGAGCUUGCUGAAGUUAUGGGGCAAAUGAACCCACUCUUCCAGUACUCUCACCUAAAUGCCUCUCUUGCACCUUAUGCUGCUCUCGAUCAGUAUGUCGCCACUGUGGCUUCAAACGGUGGCAACCCAAAUGGACAACAGCAAAACCUUAAUGGGCCACGCACACCUGGCAUGUCCAAUUUCCCAAUUGGAGCUUCCCCAGCAGCAGCGCACCUGAAUCUUCCAGAUGCUUCACCGCAUAUGGGAGGAAGUCCGGCCCAGGCACCAGGCAUGCAACUACAACAAAGCCAGCAUGGCACGAGUUCCAGUGGUCCGAGUGCCAACACAAGUCCUAAUGCGAGUAACAAACGAAGGAGGCCGAGUACAGUGAAGGCGGAAGAGGAGAACCAGGCGAAUGGUAAUCAGCCGAAACCGAAUGUGAAGCCUAGUCCAAGGAUAGGGGGCAAGAGGCAGAAGGGGAAUCCUGCUUGA